AUGGCGGCAAAGAUCAGGAGGGGAAGCGGCGGCGGGGACGACGGCGGCGGCGGCGUCCUGGCGAGGUUUUCCGAUUCGAUAUCGCGGUCGUCGGUCGUCUACAGGGGGAAGAAGGCAGUGUCUGACGUGGCCACCAUUGCGCACCGGCUCCUGCGGAGCACCGGUAAGGCAGCUUGGAUCGCGGGAACGACCUUCAUCGUCCUCGUCGUCCCGCUGAUCAUCGAGAUGGAUCGGGAGCAGCAGCUGAAUGAGUUGGAGUUGCAGCAGGCCAGCCUCCUUGGCACGCCGCCGCCGUCCCUGGCCGGUGCUCCGGCGAUGGGCAAGUGA